AUGGGAGGGGCGCGGGUGGAAGGGCGUUGGUGGGAGGGGCGCCGGUGGGAGGGGCGCCCGCGGCCCCGGGUAGCAUCGUGGCUCCCGGGGAAGCGAGCUGAGGCUCGGGAGGCCUCAAACUUAGGUCCGCGGUCUGGGCCGGACUGCUGCUCCAGGGUCUGUCUGACCGAAAGGAGGUGAAGCCCAGAAGGCUUCUCUUGAGUGACUGUCUCAUCUGAGAAAACGGGGCCACCAUCCCAUCCAGACCUCCAAGAGCAAAAGAGGAAGAUCGCCCUCUGCAGCCCUGAGGUCACCAACAGGCCCCAAACCCCGGUGUGGAUGGCCCAGCCCACACCGGUCUCCGCCCCACCCCCAGGUCUGCCCGCCUCCGGGUACCCUCUCCCCCAGGAAAGGGUCCCCGCGUCCACCGAGCCUCUUGAACCAGAAGGACCUCUGAGGCCUUUAGCACCGCUCCCAGGAACCUCAUCUUUCCCCACCUGCCGUCUCUCACCUUCCCCUCCCGGUGUGCCGGUCCCCCUGGAGCCCAGCGUUCUCUUUCACGAUGCCCAUCAGCAGCGCAGACCAGACCCUUCAGCACGCAACCAGGCAACAGCUGGUCCAGAAGGCCAGCCCAAGGCAGCCAAGCAACGCUGGAACCCUUACACAUCAUACUGGGCUGCCUUGGAUAUCUUCAAUACUUAUCUGACACAUGAAGAAAAGGAAGAUCAACAAAGUUCAGUGAUGGAAGGUCACUGCGGUGGAAGCUGUCAGAGUCAGCUUCCCAGGGAGCCUCGCCGGGAGGAGUCUGGCAGCCGGUAAUUGAUGGACCCCGGGGACCAGACCAGCGGCCCACCUCAGCGCUCUGCUUGUGGUUCCCUGGACUGCACCCCCUCCUGUGAUAAACAGGCCUUUCUGUUCUUUGUAUCCCCGGGACUCUGUGCAGGUACUCAACAAGUAUCUGUCAGCCAGCCUCCGCUCUGUGUUCUGGCUUGGUUGCUUAGGCUCGUUUGUUGACAGUUCUCGCCCUCAGAAGCCUCACAAUGAAGUCUGCUGCCUCGAGGGGGCAGGCAAAUGAUCUUCUAAAUUCGUGAUUUAGGAUCAGGUCAGAAGUGGUCAAUUUAGUUGCUUCAAGCAAUACCCAAACCCUCUAAUGUUAGACUUUGUUUUCUUUAUCAAUGUUUUCAGAAACUCAAACAUUUAGCAAUUACAUUUCUCCUCCCUAAAUAACAAGGCUGAUCCAAGUCUUAUUGAUGUUAUUAACUAAAUAUCUUUAAAGCCGUUGAGAACGGAAUGUUUUAAGAGAAGGAGAGAGAAGUCACGAGCGCCCUGGGCCUGGAGGGUGUGUGCGUCACACACAUCCUGUCCUGCAUGUUGUAACUGGCGCUGACUUCAGGCGCUGCAGACGUCAGAAGCCACGGCAACGGCUCCGUGCCCCAGAUCCUGCCCACUGGCAUCUUCAGGAAAGAAGUCAAAGCCAAAGCAACUCACAUGCCUUUGAGCCUUCAUUGGAAAACACCAUCUUGAACUUGUCCAUUUUGACCAAGAACUACAGAAGGGCUACAUUUUCCAAUAGGGACUCAGGGGACUCAGCGUUUGAGCUAUUAUUGGCUCAGUCUUCUCAGCUAAAGUUUGCUUUCUUUCUCUGCAAAAAGCAUACAUGUUCAUUAAAAUAAAAACUCUGUCAGAAAAAUAAUUAAUAUUAGAAAUGCAACCAAUCUGGCCCAGUUUCCCAGGAGCUUCUGAUACAGUUUUAGGCUUAUGUAAUUUUGUUAUUUUGCACUGUCCCAAGUAAAAUAAUCUUCUUGUUCUGGUUCAGUUGCUAAGUCAUGUCUGACUGCGGACAAAAUAACCUUCCUGGAGCUGUACUAGAGGGACGCCUGCCCCUUUUUUCUCAGUCUGGACCUCUGCUGCCCUCUACAGCCAAGGAAAGACAACGAACGGUCUUUUCUUAGGUUCUACUUGUCUGGAACUUUUUUUUUUAAGGAUUUUAUGCCCGUGUCAUCUUGUGACGAAAGCACUUGUAUCAGCAGAAAUACAGGGAAGAAGUUAAGGAUGUAGGUAUUGAACUAAGUGAGAGUGUUAGUCACUCGGUUUUGCCAAGUCUUUGCAGCCCCGUGACUGUAGCCUGACAGGCUCCUCUGUCCAUGAGGUUUCCCAGGCAAGAACGCUGGAGUGGGUUGCCAUCCCUUCUCCAGGGGAUCUUCCCGACCCAGGGAUGGAACCCACAUCUCCUACGUUGCAGGAAGAUUCUUUACCAUCUGAGCCACCAAGGAAACUUGAUUUCAAAUUCUUCAUCCCAAUUAGCAAUUGUAUGACCUCAGAAAGUUGCUUCAUCUUUUUGAGCCACUUUCAGAUUUAUUAAUGACUACAUAUAUCAAUUAAUUAAUAUCUAAUUCAAAGCCAUGUUUUACAAACUAGUGAAAUACUGAAUAAGACCUUUUGCACUCAGUUGGCAUAGAAUUAGCACAUGACAGAUGGUGCCAAGUGUUACCCAAAUUGCCUCUGUUGCUUUGAGAAUUGGAAGAGGAGGAAGAAAGUAAUUAUUAAGCAUUAAUUUUGUACCAGGUACUGUACUAGUUUUACAUAUAUAUUCCUGUUUAAUUCUCAUGAUAAUCCAGUGAUGUCAAGGAUAUAGUCUUCCUAUUAUAUCAUAAAGGUAUUUCAGCCUCAGAGAACUUAAGAAACUUUCCCAAGGUCACAGAGCUGGACUGUGACCUACCUAAGAGCAGGAUCUGUGUCUUGCUUAAACUCACAAUAUCUAUCAUUAAGUAGUCUUUGGUGAAAGAAUAUAUGAAAAAGUGAGUAAUCUGGGGGACACUUAAAGUAGAUAUGAACCUUAUUUCCCCAUGCAGUGCAGCUGUGCAUGCGUCACACUCAAGGAACAGGAGCCUUGCUGAAAUGUUAGCAAACCACGUGGCCUGUUACUCUGCUCUCAUAAAAGGCACAGAGAGAGCGCUGCCCACCACUUUGUGCAGGAUGUUUUGUUUUAUACAACAUAUUUUAGUUCCAAGUACUUAAGGAGAUCUGUGUUCAAUUAUUAACUGACCACUGAUGGAACGGAGACUUCACUGGACACACAGCAGAGACUGCAGACAAAAAAGAGUUCAGGAAAGUAAGCAAGGAGCAGACAAGUUCAAGAAACAACAACACUAUGGGAAGGACUAUAACAUUCGCAUGUAUGAUAUCAGAAUGCUCUGUUUUCAACAACAACAAAAUAAUACGACACACAAAUAAGCCAGUGUGCACCAAACACACGGGAGAGCAGCCAGUGUCCCCAGAACAAACCAGAUGCUGGGCUUAUUAGAUAUUUUAGAUUGGCUAUUUAAAAUAUCUUCAAACAGCUAAAACAAACCAUUUCUAAAACAGUAGAGGAAAUCAUGAGAAUAAUUUCUCACCAAUAGGAAAUAUCAAUGAAGAGAGAGAUUUCAUGAAAAAAGACCUAAAUGGAAAUUCUGAAGUUGAAAAACACAAUAUAAUAACUGAAAUGAAAGUUCACUAGAGGAAAUCAGCAACAAACAAGCAGGCAGAGAGAAGGAAUCAGUAGACUUGAAGACAGAUCAAUUAAGAUUAUCUAGUCUGAAAAUUAAAAAAAAAAAAUGGGGGAAAAAAUGAACAGAGCAUUAGAGACCUGUGUGAGACCACCAAGCAAAGUAACAUGUGUAAUUGGGUGCCCGGGUAAAGAGAAAGAGAUGGAGAGAGGAAGAGGAAGGGGCAGAAAGAAUAUUUGAAAAAAUAAUGACAAAUACUUCCCAACUUUGAUGAAAGAUAUGAAUCAACAAAUCCAAGAAGCUCAAUGAAACUCAAGUUGGAAAAACUCAAAACAUCUACACACAUUUUAAUCAAAUUGUCCAAAGACAAAGAAUCUUUAAAGUAGUAAGACAGAAGAGACUCAUCACAUACAAAGAAUCCUCCAUAAGAUUAACAGAUGUUUUCUCAUCAAAAACCACGGUGCCCAGAAGAAAGUAGCAUAUUCAAAUUUUUAGGAGAAAAAAGUUGUUAUCCAAAAUUUUUAACUAGCAAAACUAUUCUUUAAAAAAAAAAAAAUGAAGGAGAAAUUGAGAACUCCCUAAUAAGGAAAAACUGAAAGAAUUCAUUGUUAGUAGACGUGCCUCACAAGACACGUAAGAGGAGACCUUCAAGCAGCGAUGAAGGGCGCCAGACGGCGACCUGGGCCAACGCAGGCAACAAGGAGCAGCACAGGUGACUGCGGAGGCGAACGCAGCCAGCCUGAGGGCUUUAGUUGUAACUCCUCUGUUUUCCAUUUUAUUUAAAAGACAGGUGUAAUCACUAUAAGUCUGUGUUUACAGGCACACAUGCCUAAAGAUGUAGUUUAUACACCAUAAAGGGGGAUGGGAGAUAUAUAGAAGCAAAGUUUUAUGUAAUAUUGAAGUUGUUUGUAUUAAUUUGAACUAGCUUGUUAUAAUUAAAGUGUUAUUUGUAAUCCCCAAAGAAAGCACUAAGAAAAUAAAUUACAUAGUGAAAGAAGCUGCAAGGGAAUUAGUACACUAGAAUGUA